AUGAAUUCUCAGGCAGCGUACGUGCUUCUGAUAUGCCUGCAUGCUUUCGCGACGGCCGUGACAGCACAGCAGGGCACAGUGGCCACUGGACUGAUGACGACGAUAACGACGCCAACGAGCACGUUGCCACUAGCAGUAACGGCAGCAUCCACAUCCUCCGGAUCGUCUGAUGCUUUCCCCACGAUACCUCCGCCGGUCGCCCCUACAGUCACCCACGGUCUGCUCAAUGAAACGGAAAUAGUGGACCUCACCCAACCCGCGGCCACUCAGGUACCCUCGACGGAUGGCGUAGUCGUUGUGCAGACGACGGUUUCGACGACGACCACAACGAAGCCGCGAACGACUCCUGAUGGGGUAUCGCGCGACAACAACACCAUGACGCCGGAGGAAAUCCAGAAGCUGCUGUUGCCACCGGCCACGGUCGAGGCCAGCAUCCUGCAUGUCAACACUACCGACGACGAUCCGCUACACGCCAAGUCGAGCGGGACGGAGUCCGAUUGUCCGACGUUGGAAGGCGCUGAUCAGCUAUCGCAAACGCAGCUACUCACCCGAUUAACGCACGUUUGUCGCUACGAUCGCCUGGAACGACCGAAAAGAGAAUCACUAACCGGUACCAAUCAACCGGUGAAGGUGUACGCACGUGCGUACAUUUAUUUUAUGCAAAAUUUGGAAGCUCACGAUCUGCAAUUCAAAAUCCACGCCUUGCUGCAGUUCCGCUACGUCGACUCGCGAUUGGUAUUCAAAGAGGUUGCACCGAAUCGGACGAAGCCGAUCAUGGGCGAGCAGUCGUUGCGCGAUUUGCUCUGGGUGCCGCACGUCUUCCUGGCGAACGAGCGCAGCUCCGACAUACUAGGCACGGCCGAGAAGGACAUCCUCACAUCGAUCUCACCCGACGGGACGGUGAUCGUUUCGACGCGUAUCAGCGCCACGCUGUACUGCUGGAUGAACCUUCAAAAGUUCCCCUUCGACGAGCAACACUGUUCGACCGUGCUGGAAAGCUGGAUGUACAAUAAAGACGAUCUGGAGCUACUUUGGGAACACAAGUCCCCGGUGACCCUGGCCCCAGAACUGCACCUGACGGAGUAUGUGCUCCUAGAUAUGUUCACGAACGAGACAGUGAUCAAUGCGGACCUGAGUGAUCUGCGACAUGGCGCAUUCGCUGGUAAUUACAGUUCGCUCAGCUUCACAGUUCACUUGGCGAGAGAGAUGGGUUUCUACAUGAUGGAUUACUUCAUUCCCUCGAUAAUGUUGGUAGCGAUCUCAUGGGUUACGUUCUGGCUUCAGGCCGACCAGUCGGCGCCCCGAAUCACUCUGGGCACCAGCACCAUGCUGACGUUUAUUACUCUGGCCUCGGCUCAGGGCAAGACACUGCCAAAGGUGAGCUAUAUCAAGGCGUCGGAAAUCUGGUUCCUUGGCUGCACCGGCUUCAUCUUUGGCAGUCUGGUCGAGUUUGCGUUCGUCAACACGAUCUGGCGCCGGAAGCGCAACGUCGAGGUGAAGAAGGUGAAUAGCAAGCACGUGCUCAAGCAGGCCCUAACUCCCCGCCCGGCCCGGAAGGAAAUGAGCGGCUUGCAUAAGUCGCACUCCUGCACCAGUUUGGCUGAUUCGAACACGAGUGCUUCGAACAACUCCUUCAACAACUACCUUACUGUGCAUGCUAUCCCGCAGAACAACACCGGUAGUGCCGUACCGAUAAUUAUGACGACUGAUGCCGACAAGGUAGACGGAAAGUCGAACGGAAAUAUUUCGAUUCAGGUUGACGAUCAGACCGGAAACGAUGGCACCGCGAACGGUAACGGGUGGACGACGAUGACCCCACAGCAAGUGGCAAUUUGGAUCGAUAAACGUUCACGGUUCGCCUUCCCGGUCGCGUUCGUGAUCUUUAACAUUUUCUACUGGACGUUCGUUUAUUACGUUUAAAAACUUGCAAACAAUGCUCGACGAUGCUAACGAAACGAACGAUUACAAUACAGAAGAUUUCAAUUAAUUCAGAAACGAUCGCUUCGUAAGAGUUGCCAGAUAGUAUUCUGAGCGGGGCAAUCCAUGGGACGCACUCCUGGUUGCCUUGCUCAC